AUGGUGGCUUAUGAGAAUGCUAGACAGAAUUUGGAAGAGCUGGAGUUGAUCGAGAAUGCUAUAAGUGCUCGUUUCAAGCGAAACCCGGAGCUAUUCUAUAGAAAUGUAGAUCAAUGGAAAGCGAUGAGCCUGGAAUGGGAACAUCCCGAUGAGCCGCAACAAAGCAGGUCUGAAAACAAAAUUUAUAUGACAAAGAAGCCCAAACGCAGCAGGAAACAAAUAGUCGCUCAGGAACAUGAAAUCGCUUUGUUUUUGGAUGCAUAUCGCAAAAAUUGCGACGAAUUGUUAAAUCUCGAAUUUGAAGAUGCAAGAAAAUAUCAAGUUUCUGACGGUUCUAUAGACGUUCUGUUGCGUGAAAUUGAGGCAAUUGGAGAUGGUUCUGAUGGCAGCAAGGAUCAUAAUGACAAUGGAGACUAUUCUGCCGAUAUAUACGCAAUGUUUUCGAAUUCGACGUCUUCUGCGCCAGAUAUAAGGUCAAGAAAAGCGCAAGAUGUGGACGUGAUGGCUAUUUUUGCAAAGGAUGAACAAUACGGAGAGGUUUUGGAUCUGACCACAUUCCAUCAGCAGUGGCUGGGCGUGGUUAAGAGGGGCGACGUCACUUUUUUGCAGUUUUUAACACAGAUGGAAAAGUUCCAAACCAAAGAGUUUUUGACGAAUUCAGGAACAAACCGUAACAGCGGAGCUUACCGGGACUUUGUUUCACUGCUCUGUAGCUAUAUCGACGGGCUCGCUCGGCGUGCAUACCCGAUCUUGGAUUGGAAAAGUGUGGACACAAACGUGGCGACAGAAUUUCGAAGCUACCUAGAAACUCCGGUAAUCGACGAGCAAACACUGGUCUACUACUGUAUUGCAUGCGAUAAGCACUUCAAAGUCCAGACUGUUUACUUGGCACAUCUCUCGGGUAAGAAACACGCUGGAAACCUGCGUAAAAACGAACUAUUUUUGGCCCAGGAGCAUAAACUGCACAAGUUCUGUCAAUUUUUAGCGCCGGAGCUAUCACACACGCGAGAAUUUGUCGAGAGAAAGCUGGGGUUUACGUCAGUCGAGCGUGAAGCUGAGCUCGAAAGGAUCACGGCCAACUAUGAGGCACCUAUCUACACCGUGUCUGAGCCCGAAGACCACAUUCCAGAAGGGACAACUUCAGAAACACCAAGUAAUUUGGACAACGCCCCAGAUUUGCCUCUUGGGCCUGAUGGAUUUCCGAUUCCGUAUUGGCUCUAUAAGCUACAAGGGCUGGACAUUGAGUAUCGAUGCGAGGUGUGCGGAAAUUAUGUUUACAAAGGACGUCGCCAGUUCGAAAAGCACUUUACAGAGCCCCGGCACACCUUGGGUCUUCGCAAACUGGGCGUAGAACCCUCUGCUACGUUCCAAGGUCUUACAACAAUUGCGGAUGUGCAAAAAUUGGCUUCCAGCUUACAAUCGAGGGCAACCAGUACAAUGGCUCGUUCAAAAGCCACCAAGAUGGAUGUGGAAGUGGAAGAUCAAGAUGGUAAUGUUAUGACACAACAGAUGUAUGAAGAACUGGAGAAACAAGGUUUAUUGUAA